CAACUACUUCCAAUUUUAUGUUAAACUCACUCUCCCCUAAUGAAUACAAACACACUAAUAUAAACACACUUAGCCAAUUGAUUCUCUCUCCACAAAACAAAAGCACACGUGGACAUGCAAUUCAUGAGCUCCCUAUCCCUUAUACUAUGCACUGCGGCGCUAGGAUUUCUCAUCCACACCAUCCUCUCACGGCGGCGGGGGGCGAAUUCUCGGCCGCUGCCGCCCGGGCCGAGGCCGUGGCCGGUCGUGGGUAACCUCCCGCAGCUGGGGCCGAAGCCGCACCAGUUGAUGGCGGAGCUGGCGCGGGUCCACGGCCCCCUCCUGCACCUGAAGAUGGGGUUCGCCCACGUGGUGGUGGCGGCCUCCGCCGCCGUGGCGCAGCAGUUCCUCAAGGCGCACGACGCCAACUUCGCGAGCCGCCCGCCCAACGCCGGCGCCAAGCACGUUGCUUACAAUUACCAGGACAUGGUGUUCGCGCCGUAUGGGCCGCGGUGGAGGCUGUUUAGGAAGAUCUCGGCGCUCCACCUCUUCUCCGCCAAGGCCCUCGACGACUUCCGCCAUGUUAGACAGGAGGAAGUGGGGAUUCUCUGCCGCGCCCUAGCGGGUGCAGGGCAAACGCCGGUGCGCCUGGGACAGAUGCUGAACGUGUGCGCCACGAACGCGAUAUCGCGCGUGAUGAUGGGGAAGCGGGUGGUCGGUCACCACGUCGGCGGUGGAGACGAGAAGGCGGAGGAGUUCAAGGCCAUGGUGGUGGAGCUCAUGGUGCUCGGCGGUGUCUUCAACAUCGGCGACUUCAUCCCGGCGCUGGAGAGAUUCGAUCUUCAAGGCGUCGUGGCGAAGUUGAAGAAGCUGCACACGCGCUUCGACAACUUCCUUACCGCGAUCGUCAAUGACCACAAGAUCAAUGACCAGAAAAAAGGACACGUGGACUUGUUGAGCACGUUGAUAUCGCUCAAGGAUGGCGAGGACAGUCUCACCGACACGGAGAUUAAAGCAUUACUUUUGAAUUUCUUUACUGCUGGGACAGACACAACAUCGAGCACGGUUGAGUGGGCUAUUGCUGAACUCAUACGUCAUCCUGAUAUUCUGGGCCGAGCUCAGCACGAGCUCGACUCAGUUGUGGGUAAGAACCGGUUUGUGACCGAGUCAGACCUACCUCAACUCGUCUAUCUCCAAGCCGUGAUCAAGGAGAACUUUCGGCUCCACCCAUCCACCCCUCUCUCUCUUCCGAGAAUCGCGGAGAAUAGUUGCGUGAUAAAUGGAUACCACAUCCCCAAGGGGUCUACACUUUUGGUCAAUGUUUGGGCCAUCUCUCGCGAUCCGGAGCAAUGGGCCGAUCCACUUGAGUUUCGGCCCGACCGGUUCCUGCCGGGUGGGGAAAAGCCCAAUGUCGAUGUUAAGGGCAAUGAUUUCGAGCUGAUACCCUUUGGGGCGGGCCGUAGAAUUUGCGCGGGUAUGAGCUUGGGAAUAAGGAUGGUCCAACUACUUACUGCAACUAUGAUCCAUGCGUUUGAUUUUGACUUGGCUAAUGGGCUUUUGCCCCAUAAACUGAAUAUGGAGGAAGCUUAUGGGCUGACUUUGCAACGGGCCGAGCCCUUGAUAGUGCAUCCCAAGCCCAGAUUGGCCCACCAUGUCUACAAAGCCUAAUUUGUGCUUUUAUUUAAGUUUACCUAUGUUCCGUAUUAUGGCCGUGUGAUACGCUGGUAAUAAUUUGUGAUUUGAAUUCUUGCAUUGCAA